UCUGACAACGUUCUACGAAAUGAAGGUGAGCGUGCUGUUGCUGACGUUGGUCGCUGCGGUAGUAGGUGAGCCUCCUGUUGGCCGCUCGUACCUGCCGCCGAGCGCGCAGUACAGCGCCCCGUCGCCGGCAGCUCUCAGCACCCAGUACGGGGCUCCAGCCGCUGGAGCCGCCUUCCUCGGCGGGUCUUUCCAGCGCCCCGCGGCCCGCGUCUCGUCGAGUCUGGGUGCGGCAGCUUCCAGCAGGAUGCUGGGUGCGAGCUCACGGGCACGCGGAUUCUCCGGUCUCGGCCGCGCCGCUGGUCUGUCAACCGAGUAUGGUGUUCCUGGUUACAGCUACGGGCGUACUGGCAUGCAGGAGGACCCUCUUGCAGAGCCGGCCAACUACGAGUUCAGCUACUCGGUGCAGGACGGCGAGACGCUGAGCGACUUUGGACAAGAGGAGUCCAGGCAGGGGGAGAGUGCCCAGGGCCAGUACCGCGUGCUGCUGCCCGACGGCCGCAAGCAGAUCGUCUCCUACCAGGCGGACGAGGGCGGCUACAGGCCCACCGUUGAGUACCAGGACACCGGACUCACCGCCUACUCCGCCGGCGGAUACGGCUACGGCAGAGGGCGCGCCGGAGCUGGAACUAGAGCUGAAAAUGGGGGAUACCACUACUGAUACACGAUCGGCUAGUCAGAACUGUGUCAUGGUUGCGCUUGUGGUGUGUGCAGAGUGGGAGGGCCACAUGCCAUACUUCUUACAUAGUUGCUGCUCUUUCUCCCAUUAUCGUUUUCUACAAAGCCUCAUUUAAAUCCUUGCUCCACUUCAGUCUUUAAUUCCUGUUUUGUACAAUACACUACUUUGUUUUUAGUGAGCAGUACUACCGAUUUGUAUAGAAUUAUAUAACAGUUUGAUUUCGUAUAAACUGUUGGGAACCAGUGCCAAGUGUAAUGAUUGUUAGUCUCCAAUAAAUUAUAUGUUACUUAAAAUAAA